CCAGAAAAUUUAAAUUUCAAGCCAAACCAGAACGCAUCACGUCACGGACACGAUGUCCCUUUUGCCUAAGGCUGAGAAGUCACGAAGCAAAGACGAAAAUCGUGCAUCUCGACUUGAACUUUCCGAGGGGGAGCCGCAGACUGCAAGUGAAGGCGACGGUGCCGACCCAAACGACAGCGACUCGACUGGACGUGCCAGCCAAGAGUACGACGAAGAUGGCUCUUCGAGCUCGGAAAGCGAGGCUACCUCAAUUGGGCCAGACGAGGAAGAAGACGCCCGGCGCCAAUUGAGUCGGAUAUCAUUUGGGACACUAGCAAAAGCACAGAGCGCGCUUGGGAGCCGCAAGAGGAAGCGCGAGACGGAGACGAGUUCAGAGCAAGAAAGCAAGCUUGCCGCUCUGAGAGAGAGGCUCCGGGAGCUCAGGGAGAAGAGCGAAGGUCGGACCGAGGCGAAGAAGGAAGAGAAGGCGAAGAAGCGGGCGUCGUCUAAGAAGCGGCACGACGCUUUCUUUGGGGAAGACGACAGCGAACGCGAUGAAUCCGGGUCUGAGACCGAUGGAAGCAGCGAGUCGGAUGCGUCCAGUGGCGCCGGGGGCGAAAAGCCCAAGCGCUCCUCGAAACACGCGCCCACAGUUCUGCCAGCGAACCGUGCCGUCAGUCGGUACCGCACCGUCGUCGACGUCGCCACCGUCAAGUCACGCGACCCUCGCUUCGACCCGACGUCCGGACACCUGGACCGCAACGCCAUCAAAGCGCGCUACUCUUUUCUCAAGGAGUAUCAAGCCGACGAACUACGCACGCUCAAGAGCGCGCUGAAGGAUCACAAGACGAAACUCACCGCCGAGCAGCGGGAGACGCUACAGCGCAAGAUCGUGUCGUUGGAGUCGAAGAUGGCGGCAAACGAGGCGCGGGAGCGAGAGGAGAAGGUGAAGCGGGAGCACAAGAAGAAAGAGAGAGAAGCUGUGGCGCAAGGCAAGACGCCGUUCUACCUGAAGAGAAGCGAAAUCAAGAAGCAGGCGCUGAAGGAGCGCUUUGAAAGUAUGAAGAGCAGACAAAGGGACAAGGUGAUCCAGCGGCGGAGGAAGAAGCUUGCCGCGCGGGAACGGAAGAACAUGCCUGUGGCAAGGCGAGCGUAAAAUCCCUUGUUGUAAAAUAAAUUUUUUUUUUCUCUUGCAUGUAGACGUUCAAAGAUACCCAGUCAAAAAAGGUCAAACAAACACGUCACCAAAGAGUAGUCAAGGUUGUACAACGAAGAACGCGCAAAAUCACGCGCGAAACGUACAC